CAUUUUUAUAAUGAUAACACAAGCACACGCUACGAUAAAAUUGUUCUAUCGUAGACUACUCUAAGCAUCUUCGUCGUUCUUUAUUCGGUGGAGCGUAGAACAUCGGAGCAUAGUUAUAAAUAAAUAGGGAAUAAGAAUAGCAUAGGACGAUGCCAUCAAUCUAUCAACUUAUUUUAAUAGACCUAAUCCUACGGAGUUGACGAAAGUUCGAUAUCUGCUGUUAGAGAAGAACAAUUGUAGCUUAAAUCUAUUCUUACACAUGUCUAUCACUUACCGUAUGCCCAAAAUGCUACCCUACGAGUAACUAAAUCUUAUGGUAUCAGAUAUGCAAAUAUAUAGUAUGCUAUAUGGUAUAGAAAAUUUCAAAGAAUAUAUGGUAGUUUAAAAGUUCGGAUAUCACUUUAUGUGAUUAGAGGUUGGAAGAGUCUAAUUUUAGUGUACUCGCAAAUGAUAGAUAUGUCUGUAUCGAUUGAACGCUCGGAGAAUCGCUCCAGGAAACUUCGUAGAUAAUAUUUUUUGUAUUAUUUUGGAAGAGAGUUAGAUACAAUCUUGUAUCAAGCAACGUUCUCGAUUGUUAUUGACUGUUAAAAAGAACAAAAAAUAGAGAACGAUUUCAAUUUUGAAAUAUUUUUUAAUCGUGAGUACGCGUUUGAUAGAAAGUAAAAUUGUUAUAUAAAAUAUUUUGUCGUACAAAGUGUGAGAUACAUCUCGAAUCAACAUGAAUACACAAUUAUUUGCUGUGGACGAAUAUAACAAUCUUAUAAAACCCAUAAUGAUAGCAACAAAAAUAAUUUCUGUUUGGCCACUGGAUAAAGACUCUACUAGGACAGCUGUAAUACUCCAAAACUUACAUACAGUUGCUAUGUUUUUAAUGGUUAUAUCGUUGUCCACUGCAACUACGUUAGAGGUAAUAAACACCAUAGACGAUUUAAACGAGGCAACUGAAUGUGCUCUGCUUUGUACUGCUUUUUAUCUCUGUGGAUUUAGACUCACGAUUUAUUCCUUAUAUCGCAAAGACAUGUUCUAUAUCGUCGAAACUAUGAAAACCGAUUGGAUUUUAGGCAGCUAUGAAGAUAUUCUCAUUUUAAGAGACAAAUGUUUAUUUACAUUUCGCCUAUCCAAAUACUUCAUAUUCACCGUAGCUAGCACCAUUUUCCUAUUUAUAUGUGCUCCUCUUAUAGAGGGAUACAUUUAUGAUACGACUAUGAGGGUACUACCCUUUCGUGGAUAUUUUUUUGUAAAUCAUACGAUCUCUCCAUUCUUCGAAAUAAUCUAUACUUUUAACGUUGUAUCAGGCUGUUUCUCAGCCACUACUAUAGCUGCUGCAACGAGUUUCAAUCUUGUCGUUAUUAUGCAUGGAUCCGCAAAAUUCGCAAUCAUACAGAACAAAUUGAAAAAAAUAAAGGGUAACAAACAAAGUGCAUAUACUGAACUUUCAGCCUGUAUAAAAAGUCAUCAGGAUGCUAUCACGUUCGCUGAUACGCUGGAGAGAGUUAUAAAUAUCUUGGCCUUAGGGCAAUUCGUUAUUAGUACCGGUUUGGUGUGCUUCGCAGGAUUUCAAAUCACUGAGAUGAUUCAAGAUAGAGGACGAUUCAUAAAAUAUUCAGCUUUUUUGAACUCUGCAAUUCUAGAACUUUUUCUAUUUAGUUUUAGCGGAAACAAAUUGAUAGAUGAGAGCGAGGCUGUAGGCUUUGCUGCUUAUGAAAGCGAAUGGUAUAACAAUAACUGUGGUCUAAUUCUACAAACGAUCAUCAUGCGAUGUAGAGUACCAUGCAAAAUAACAGCUGCAAAAUUUUAUAGUAUGUCUCUUGAAAGUUUUGCAACAGUAAGUCACAAAAAAACGUAUCACAUAAAAUUCUUACAAAUCGUUAAAUUUCUUACUGAUAUUUUCAUGAAUUUAUAUUUAUAUUUCCAAAGGUUCUCAGUACAUCAUUUUCAUAUCUCACAGUACUCAAUGCCUCGAACGAAGAAUGAAAGAGCAAAAUACUUGUAAUAAAAGUUAAGGCUACGUCAAAUUGAAAUA